UUCUCUCUCUCUCUCUCUCUGCCCCAGAUGUGUCUGAAAUAGAGAAGCUGAAGGAUGCCUUUGGCAGGGUGGUUUUUUACUUGGAAGAGAAAGGCAUGGGCAAAGCGCCUUUUCAGCAAGCGGUUCCCGAGGCGGUGAAAGAAGUGGAAAAAGAAGUAGCACAACUCAAAGCGGCACCACCUUGCAUUCCACCAUGUGGCUACCAGAAAGAAGCCCACUACUACAAAUGUUCCUCUUGUUCCAUCAUGGAUUGCCAGCUACCCAUCGAUUGCCCAAUUCAGGAUAUACACAAAUUGGAAGGAGACGCAACUUUUCUGAACUGCGAAGUUGCCUUCCAGACUUCUCCAGACAGGACUUUCCGGUGGAAAUUUGUCAAAGAUCUCAGGACGGAGGAACUCUUUCUCUUCCAAGACCUUAAUUUUGGAGUCAACCCUUCCCUCCUCAUUCGACCCACCCUUGGAUCUCAUCACGGGACCUUUGCCUGCGAACUUGAAGAGGAGAGUGAUGUGGUGAUCAGGAAGUAUUUUUAUGUCAAUGUGACCGAAAAGAGGCUCGGAAAAGAGAAAAAGCUGCAAGAAAUGUUUAAGGCCAUCCUGAAUUCCCCACCGGAGUUGGUACAGGAAGCCGUGGUGGGGAACAAGUUACCGUCUCUUCAAGAUCUCCUGUCCCAGCCUGAUUACCUCAGGAAAAGGGGUGUCAUUGGGCUUAUCCUUGGAAUAACUGGGGUAUCCCUGCUGGUUA